CGACGUGGCUUACACAAUACGGCUUACGUUAAAAAUAUUGUAUCCAGGUAUGAUGAACGACGUAACAUACAAGAGAUGCUAGCGAAUGACGAGGACGAUACAUUUCUAAUUGAGUGUAUCGAGCAAUUUGAAAACUGUAUUCCAACCACGAGCCCUAACAAUAACGAAUUAAUCGGUGAAAAUAGCAUCACUGAUAACACUGCUAACACUGCAAAUAUUACGGAUAAUACUGGUACGAUUAAUGAAGAAAACAAACACGAUAUAAAUAAUGAUCGUGACAACUCUAAUGAAUUUUUAAUGGAGGGUGGAGGAUGGCUGUGGCAGGAAUUUCUAAAACUUCCUCAAUCAACGGCGUUAGAAACGAUACAGAGUGGUUACGUUAAUGAAAAACCAUUUGACGCUGUACAAGAUGUCGGCUUAAUUAAUAACGCCGUUUGCGCUGAUAAUAAUAAUGAGUUUCCGCGGUUUUCUCAGGAACUAUCGUUGGAAAUGGAACGGGGCGUUGAUGCUAUACAGAGUAUCUCUAUGGUUAGACCCGUGAUAAUAACAGACAAAUCGUUGGAAAUGGUGCAGAACGAUGAUGAUAUACAAGGCACCUCUUUAGUGGAGUCUACGACAAUAACAGACGAGGUCACCGAUACUAAUAACGGUAUAUCAUCAAUGCAAGUGGGGUGUGAUCGCUCUACUUCUGUAGAAGUGGGGGAAAAAGAAGAGUCGCACGAGAUUAGGAGAGAAGGCGUUGUAGAUGUGGAUCCUAUUGAAGAAAGAGACGCGUUACAACAUGCUCAAAAUGAAGUCGGAGACCCAAUAACAUUUAAUAUAUCGAACGAGAACCAACGCUAUUUCCAACGGUUUGAUGCGUACGGUCGUGAAAUAACGCUCGUUAUUUGUCAGGCUCCAGAGGCUACCGAUCCAUUAAUGUGGCUGGAUAAAGUACUUGUAGAAAUACACGCAUAUCUUACAAAUUCGAGUGAUCCUGACGAUUACAUAGGUGUAACAUUUACAGCCGAUACUUUUUCACUUGGUCCAGUGUGGUUAUCUUUCCGUUAUGUACGCGAUUUUCAAUAUAUAGACUUAUGGGCACUAGUGAGCCGAGCCGCACAAAGCAAUACAAAUUUUUGUAUUAACGAUAGUUGUACGAUAACAUGUUGUGUAAUACGUGGAGUAAACGGAUGUUCGCGAAGAAAAUUAACCCAUGAUAAUGUGGCAAAACGGUCGAUAUUAACGAUAACAAACACCGAUAAUUUAUGCCUCCCACGUUCAUUAGUAACAGCUUUGGCAUAUGCAGAACGCGGUGAAAUUCGUUCGGGUGAGUUACAUCGUUAUUGGAUGGCUAUACGUUUGGCUAGGGGUAAACUACAAAAAGAAAAGGCGCUCGAGCUUGUAAGAAAUGCUAAAAUAGAUAUACCGCCUAAUGGUUGCUCUAUAUCGGAGUUAGAGUAUUUUCAAAAAUAUUUAGCAAACGCAGGUGUAGCUAUAGUUGUAUACGAGGUUGAAACGCUAGGGCAUGGUGGAGAGCCUUUAUAUGAUGGGAUGGCUUAUGUAAUAAAUUCAUUCACCAGCGUCGUACAUACUCUGCGUGUUCUAUAUUAUCGAAGAUUACACCAUUUUGAGCCGAUUCUAAAUUUACGUGCCGCUGUAGGAAGUAGGGGUUUUUGCGUGUUUUGCAAUGUAGCGUAUACUAGAAUAAGCGAUCAUAAAUGUUCGCGCAAAUGUAAUCGUUGUAUGGGCCAACCACGGUGUAUAAUAACCGCAAAUCCCCGUAUUAAAUGUAAUUCUUGUAAACGCUCUUUUUAUAACAACGAUUGUUUUCAACAACAUUUAAAAAACGACGACACAAAUAAGAAAAACAAAAAAAAUAAAAAAAGUGUUUGCGAUACAUUAAAAAUAUGUGACACGUGCUCAAGAUUUAUUGCAAUAGAUAAAAAAAGGGAACAUGAUUGUAAUGCGGUAUAUUGUAAAACAUGUAAAGAUUUUUGUCAUAUUAACCAUUUAUGCUAUAUACAGCCUAUAAAACAAACUACCGAUAAACGACCAAAAAUAUUGUUUUUAUUUUAUGAUUUUGAAACACAACAAAACACACGCAUUAGAGGGGAUGAUAAAAAACGUGUACAUGUACCAAAUUUAUGUGUUGUGCAACAAACAUGUACUUAUUGUUUAGAAGAUAAUGAUGAUGAUAUGACAAAAUUAUGUCAAUAUUGCGGUAUACGUGAAUAUGUAUUUGAUCAAGACCCUGUAAAGCAACUUGUUGAUUUAGCUACAAAGCCACUACGCUCGUUUAGUCGUACAAUUUGUAUCGCCCAUAAUGCGAAAGCUUUUGAUGCUCAAUUUAUUUUGAGACAUUUUGCUACGAGAGGUGGUGUAAAUGAGAUGCCGUCAAUAAUACUAAAUGGUACAAAUAUUGUUGUAAUGACGAUAGGGCACACGACAUUUCUCGAUAGUUUAAAUUAUCUUCAUAUGCCAUUAAGUGCUUUACCAAAAGCUUUUGAACUUAACGGUUGUACUACAAAAGGUAUAUUCCCACAUUUAUUUAAUACACCUGAAAAUCAAAAUUAUAUAGGACCGUUACCAGAUUUGAAAUAUUAUUCAAGUUGUUAUAUGCAAAAUAAUGAGCGCGAACGGUUUUUAUCUUGGUUUACUAAAGCAAAACAAUUAAAUUAUAUAUUUGAUUUUAAAAAAGAAAUCGUACAUUAUUGUAAAAAUGAUGUGACGAUAUUACGUAAAGCCUGCUUAGCUUUUCGUAAAAUGUUUAUUAAAUGUGGUAUGGUUUGCCCUUUCGAGGAAAGUACCACAAUAGCAUCAGCCUGUUCACGUGUUUAUCGUAAAAAUUUUCUUCAAAAAAAUAAAAUUGGUAUUAUACCAACGGGCGGUUAUCGUUGGGGUCAAAAUCAAUCGCGUAAAGCUGUUUCUUGGUUGAUUUGGACAGAGCACGAAUUGGGUCGUGUUAUAGCUCACGCUGGACAUGGUCGUGAGACACGAUUACCCGAAGGUGUUUUAGUUGACGGUUAUUAUGAAGAAAUCAAUAACGGCGUGACGAUUAAACAUGUUUUGCAAUUCCACGGUUGUUAUUGGCAUGGCUGUACCCGGUGCUACACUGUAAAUAGAAACCAAGGAAUCGGUAAUGAUACAAUGGAUGCCCGUUUAGAACGUACUCAGUUUAUUACAGCAAAAAUUAUAGCUGCUGGAUAUGUUUUAACAGAAAUGUGGGAGUGCGAUUAUGAACGUAUUUUAAAAUCUAGAGAAGAUAUGCGUAUAUUUUUAAAAAAUUAUCCAGCUAUAUCUCAGCCUGCGUUAAAUCCCCGCGAUGCUUUUUAUGGUGGUCGUACAGAGAACAUGGUGUCUCUUUACGAUGUAAAGGAUAAUGAGAAGAUACAUUAUGUCGAUGUAUGUUCUCUUUACCCAUAUAUUUGUAAAACAGGUAUAUUUCCUGUAGGACAUCCGAAAAUAUAUGUCGGUGAAGAGUGUCACGAAUUAACGGGUCCUACAGGUGUCGAAAUUGAUAAAAUAGAAGGACUCGUUUAUUGUUCAAUAUUACCGCCGCGUACGCUUUAUCAUCCUGUAUUACCGGUGCGUAUGCAUGGUAAAUUAAUGUUUGCUUUAUGUCGUACAUGUUGCGAAAAUAUGUGUCAAACAGCGUGUACACACGAGAACGUUGCCGAUCGCGAAUUCACCGGUACGUGGGUAGUACAAGAAAUACGCAAAGCUGUAAGUGUUGGUUAUAAGCUUGUAAAUAUUUAUGAAAUUUGGCAAUACGAGGUAACGCAAUAUAAUCCCCAAUCUAAGGAGGGUGGUCACUUCACAGAAUAUAUUAAUACUUUUUUAAAAAUUAAGCAAGAAGCUAGCGGUUGGCCUUCUGAUUGCAGCGAUGAAGAGUCAAAAAAACGAUACAUAGAGGAAUAUGAGCGAGCGGAGGGUAUUAAAUUAGAUCCUGAAAAAAUAUGUAUCAAUCCUGGUCUCCGAGCUGUUUCAAAACUAUGUUUGAAUUCUUUUUGGGGAAAAUUUGGUCAGCGUGAGAAUCUACCUAAAGUUGAAAUUGUAACAACGCGUAAAAGAUUAAUACAACUGCUUUCUAGUAACGAAGUUGAUGUUACAAGUAUAUUACCUGUUAAUGACGAUGUUUUAUAUGUUGGUUAUGUAUAUACAGAUGAAAAUUUAACACCAUCCGCUCUAACAAAUGUUGUGAUAGCUGCAUACACGACAACUCAAGCGCGUUUAAAAUUAUAUGAAUAUCUUGAGCACCUCGGAGAUAGGGCUUUAUAUUGCGAUACCGAUUCAUGUAUAUACGUAAGCAAUAAUUCUCAGAACGCUUAUGAACCACCAACAGGUAAAUUGUUGGGUGACUUGACGAAUGAAUUAGCGUGCUACGGUGAGGGUAGUUACAUUAAAUCUUUUGUUUCGGCUGGUCCGAAAUUUUACGCAUUUCUUGUACGUAAACCCGAUAGUACCGUAGAAAUUUGCAAAGCUAAAGGUAUAACUCUUAAUUUUGCAAACAAUAAAUUAAUCAACUAUUAUUCCGUCAGAUCACUCGUUACAGAUAAAGGAGAUACGUCGAUAACGCUUCAUUUUGACUCUAUCAGACGUACGGAGCUUCAUAACGUAAUAACGAGUACAGAGACUAAAACAUGUAAGCAGACAUUUGAUAAACGAAGACGGUACGGGCCUUAUGGGUCGUUACCAUACGGUCAUUGUAAUUUAUAA